AUGCCAUUGGGUCCAACGUCGUCGGCACGCUGUUUGGCUUCCCUAUCCAGACCCCUGACACUAACAGUAUGUCGAACUGCCGCGUUUUCGGCCAUAAGAAGGAGUAGCUCCGCGGCCGCUUUGGCCGCCGACCAGGUAAAGCAGCAGGCCGAGGCCACCUACAAGAUCGUGGACCGCGCUGCAGAUUUUGCAGAGAAGCAGGCCCGCCGGCCAGACUUUGACCACUCAGGCACGCCCAUAGAAGUGACAAAGCAGCCUAAUCCCAACUGGCAAUACGGCGACGGCGCGCGAGACUACGACGCAUCAUGGAAGCACCGCGAGGUUGAUCCCUACGCCCCCAAUCGGCCCAUGAUCAGCAACUACAAGCUUCUCGUGUCCGGCAUCGCCCCGCGACCCAUUGGCUUCAUCAGCACCGUCUCGGCCGACGGUCGCACCAAGAACCUGGCGCCGUUUAGCUACUUUCAAGUCGUCGAUCACGAUCCGCCCACCUUUGUCGUGGGCUUCUCCUCGCGGCCCGGCCGCGAAAAGGACACGUACCGCAACCUCCAGGACACGGGCGAGUGUGUCAUCAACACCGUGUCCGAGAGCAUGAUGGAGGCGGUCAACGCCACGUCGCUGGACCCCCCGCAUGGUGUCUCGGAGUGGGCCAUUUCCGGUUUGCACGAGGCUCCCGCGACGACGGUGCGCCCCGGCCGCGUCCACGAGUCGGUCUUCUCCAUCGAGGGCAAGGUCGUCGACGCCAAGGAGCUCGGCCGCGGCAAGCCGGGCAUGAGCGCCGCGGGCGUGGUGCUCAUCCAGGCCACGCGCUUCUGGGUGCGCGAGGACGCCACCAACGACGAGGUCAGCCACAUUGCGCUCGACAAGCUGCGACCGGUCGCCCAGCUGGGCGGCAUGUCAUACGGACGCAUCACCUCGACGUUUGAGCUGCCCAGGAAGCGGUGGGCUGACGAAAAGACAAGCUCUGCGUUGUUGUCUAGCCUCGAGUCAGAUGCGAGUGAAACCUGA